AUGGCGGUUCUUAGCGCAGCGGGGUCUCUGAGCCAAUGCCUUGUGCCCGAGAUUCUGAUUCUGUUUGACCUGAUCUUUACCCUCCCACUUCUUGGAUCCUCAUGUAUCACUGACCACCAGGUUACUCUCUGGGUCCUGGGCCCGACUUGUCACAUUCUGGAAGUUUCCUGAUAGCCUCAGUUAGUGCCCAAACCUGAAAAGAUGGCUUCAGAUGGAGCAUCUCCAAUGCCAGGACAAUAUGUGGUUGUGAAGCCUGGCACUGCCAUGCCUCACUUCACUGCUCUUCCCUUCCCCCUAUCUACUCCAGGUGCACAGGACCAAUCGCCCUGGGAGCCAUCCCCGCAGCCCUCCAUGCAGUCAGCCUUCUCUCCAGGCAGCCCUCUGGUGCUAUCUGCCUUCCCUAGCCCACUGAUGACGACAGGGGAUGGGGGCCCUGGCCCCAAUGGGGCUGGGGCUGGCAAGGUCAUUGUCAAAGUCAAGACAGAAGUGGGGCCAGCUGAGCACCCUCAAACUCAGAACUUUGUUCUGACUCAGACUGCCUUCAACUGGAUUGCCUCAGGCACUCCUUGCGGGGGCCCUGAGGGUCCUGCACCUCAACUUGUGACAACUUCUAAUGUGACAACCAUUCUGCCUGCUAAGUCUGUUGGGGUCAGCCAGGAGGGCUCCUCAGGCCAUCCUCCUCAGUUAGCUCUACCACCAGCUGCUCAACUGACUUCCAUUGUUUCCCCGGAGAAGGCUUGGCCAGGGCCACAUGGAGCUCCUGGGGAAGGAAGCCCUACAGCUGCCCAGUCGGGGCCAGCACUGGGUGAUCUCUCCUAUACCUCCAAAGGCGUUUAUGAGAACUUCCGGCGCUGGCAGCGCUACAAAGCCUUGGCCAGGAGACAUCUAUCCCAAAGUCCUGAUGCAGAAGCUCUUUCCUGUUUCCUUAUUCCAGUGCUUCGUUCCCUGGCCCGGCUGAAGCCCACCAUGACCCUGGAGGAGGGACUGCCGAGGGCUGUGCAGGAGUGGGAGCGCACCAGCAAUUUUGAUCGCAUGAUCUUUUAUGAGAUGGCAGAAAAAUUCAUGGAGUUUGAAGCUGAAGAGGAGAUGCAGAUUCAGAAUGCACAAAUGUUGAAUGAGGCCCAGUGCCCACCUCCUGCAGCCCCUCUGAAGCUCGACCCUCCAAAUCCUCCAGCUCCUGAAGUUUGCCAGCAGCCAGCAUACAUUCCAAAGAAGGCAACCUCCAAAAGCCGGGCCCCUCGCCGGCGACAGCGCAAAUCCCAGAAACCUCCAGUUCCUGAGGCGCCCAAAGAAAUCCCACUGGAAGCAGUGAAUGAGUAUGUUAACAUCAUGGAAGGGCUAUUGGGGAGCCACACAGCCAUUGGGGAGUCAAAUGGAAAACAGGAAGAGGAAGAAGAGCCGCAACAGGAGGACCUGUACCCAGAUCCAGGUCUUUUGGGCUACAUUGAUGACCUGUGUUCUCAGGAAGUCUUUGUCUGUCAGGUGGAGGCUGUCAUUCACCCUCAUUUUCUAUCAGACCUGCUGUCCCCAGAACAGCACAGGGACCCCUUGGCCUUGAUUGAGGAACUUGAGCAAGAAGAAGGGUUAACUCUGGCUCAGCUGGUGCAGAAACGCCUCAUGGCCUUGGAAAAGGAAGAUGCAGAGGUGCCUGCAAGCUGCAGUGGAGCUCAAUCAGAUUCAAGUCCGUCGAUUUCUGAUGAGGAUGAAGACAGGGGUGGGCGACUUCGGCCCUCACCUGGGUCUCAGGUGCCUAGAGGCACUGUCAGCCCAAAAAAGGUUGCUUCUUCAGGGAAGCAGGAAAAAGAAGGGCAUGCUGGGCAGGAGCAAGUCAUCGAUGGCCCAAGGGAGGUGGGCAGGGAUGGGGACACUUUAUUGUCCCCAAGCAACUGGGACCUGAAACCAGAUCUCGGAUCUCAAAGCAUCCAGGGACCCUUGAACACAGAGAGAAGAGGGUCUGAAACAGUCACAAACCAGGUAGCCCCAUGCCAGCAUAGUCACCUGGAAGGUAUAGUGUCUCCUGGACACUCCAUGGUAGUUGACAAGACUCCAGAGGACUUGCCCCUUUGCUGGCAGGAAUAUCCUCAGCUGGAGGGAGCACCUUGUGUGGAUGUUGGACUUGCAGAGACAGCUCCUCUGCAGACUCAGGAGCUAGAGAGGCAAGUGCUGGGGCUUCAGACAGAGCAAGAGAUAGGGGAUCUUGGGGUGCUUCCUCAAGGGAAGGAACCUUUAGCAUUGUCUCAAGAAGACACUGCAGGAGCCAUGUGGGGAGAUGACAGAGGCCCUCUAAUGGUUCAGAGCUAUGAUCAAGAUUUAUGUCCUGGAACAGCUGGAGACAGGGACAGGGACUCUCUUAGUCCAGGACUUUGGCUGAGCAGUGAGAUGGAUGCGAUAGGUUUAGAGUUGCCCCUGCAAAUUGAAGAGGUCACAGACAACUUCCAAGAUGGAGAAUGUGUAACCGAGCACCAGGAAGCCUAUGAAACACCGGGCACUGGGAACCUCUCUCUGUGCCUUGGAGAAAUCACACCACCUGAUGAAGUGAGGAGCGCCAUAAUUUCCAGUGGAGAGAAUGAUGCCGUAGAUGCUCCAGAAAAGGAAAACUACUGCAGCUUGCCUGUAACUCCGAGGGCCAGCAGCCCUGACUUGACUAAAGAAAAUAGCAAACACAACCCUGUAACUACUGAGGACCCCAGUGAUCUGUGGGGUGAAGAUUGCUAUCUAUUAUUGGAAAGCAGAAUUGAUGCCCCCAUACUGGGGUCUUCUGAAGAAACCCUCUUACCAACCUGUGAAAGCGAUAUCCUUAUCCUGGGGAUCCAGGAUGCUGCCUCUCCUGAGGCCAACCAAGUCGCAGUGAGCAGAGGCUCUCCUCUGUUGGAAACCGCAGAACACAUCAGCAUACUAGAUGAUGGAGAGGGCCAUAGCCUCCAACAAGAGGAGGUCGUUGAGGGUAACUGUCCAACAAAUUCUAAUUCUUCUGAUCUACAAGAAGAGAGUAGAUGUGAUACUGAUCUAAGUAGAUGUGAUACUGAUCUAUCCAAGCCAAAAGACCUUGCUCCCUUAGCAGAGACUCCAAAAUCAGCAUCUCCUCACCAAGAUCUUGGAAGCACUUCCCCUGGCUGGGGAAUUAGGAAUGCCUCAGUUCUUAGAGAAUCAUCUCCUGUGAGUGCAAAAUACAGCGCAGCAGAUAGGGCCAACAAGGAGGAAGAAGAGGAGGAUGAGGACGAAGAGCUCUCCAACUUUGCCCACCUCUUGGCCUCAAAGCUUAGCUUAUCACCAAGAAGGCUCUCUCUCAGUCACCACCCUACCUUAGACCUGCCCUCUGUAAGUCAGGGGUCCAGAAGCACACUCCAUUCCCUUUCUAUUGAAGCAGGUCCUCCACAUACUGUCGCCAAAACUGGGAAGCGAGCUCUGAUUGGAGAUCGAGCACCUGCUAAAAAGAAGUCUCAUUCAGGAUCUGGCGGUGGGGAAAACCCCUUGGCUCUAGUUGAUCGUCCCUCACAGCCUCGUAAAAGGCGACGUGACAGUUUUGUCACGGGGAGAAGAAAGAAGCGACGUCGUAGCCAGUAG